AUGCUAAGUAAGCCAGAACUCGCUGAACCGCAUCGCGAUAUAGUACAAAACGGCCACAACGAUGUGCGUCGGUACUUGCAGAGUUGGAAGCUGACAGGGCUUGAGGCCAUCCAGCGGCACCGGGCACUCAAGCUUCCUGCCGAAGUGAAUGCUCGAUCCGUUGAGAACGUCUUCGCUCUUGGCGAUCAGUCCGAGCCGCUGCCGGAGAUCAUGAGCACCGUCUUUGAGCUUGUGGUGAAGGAGGGAAUCUUCAGCUUCACAACAGUCCAGGCUGAGGUGGAGCAUUUUUUCAACUGCCUCGGUUUUCAUCGGAUGUACUACAACCACUUCACACCCAUGCAGAUUGCCAAGCACAUACAGUGUCUCAUUGCGGCCAAGCAUGUGGCGCAUGCGACGAGCCACAUCCGGGCCCUUGAGUUCGACUUCAGUACCGAUCACAGCGCCUUCUUCCUGACUGCCCUGAGCUCCGAUCCGGCUGCACCCACCGAGUCGCAACGGCGGACAGAAAGGAAGAUCGCAGAGUACAUUGGCUCAGACUUCAACAACAAGAGCAUCACGCUGACCUUCAUGGCCUCCCAGGGCCCCGCCUUCCGAGGGGAAGAGGAGCGUUUGGGAAUCUACAACAUCGAGAGGGGGCACUUCGAGGUCUCGCGUGUGGCAGAGAACGAAACCAGCCUUCAGAUUCUGGCGAGCUCCACCUUCCUGAAAGGCAAGACGAGGGAGGCCAUUGAGCAGUACCAGAUCAUCAUGGAAGAUGUGGUCGCAUCCCGUCGCAGCAUGGUGAACAUCAUACCCGGUGAGGCUUAUCCGGGCAACUUCUCUGGUUUCGUGGUCCUGUUCGCCACCGCGGAGACCGCUGGCCGGAACUACAUUCAGGAAGUUUGGCAGGCCAUGCGAUUCGUCGGCCUGGUCCCGCGAAGGUUCUACUUUUCCACUUUUGCCAACGGCGUAAUUGCCUAUAGCCUCUUCUUCCCGGCGGGUGUCCCGGAGACACAGGUGGAAUGCUUGAAGCGCGCUCUGCUAUACUCGACGCUGCUCAAGGCCACGCCUGGGAACUCUGAGCUGGUAUACCGCAGCGUGAUGCAGUCCCAGAUCUCUCACGAGUGCGGUCUGUACGUUCUGGCCGCAGUCAAGUUUGUCUACACCUUCUUCCCCAAGGAGCAGUAUGCGCCGGAGUACAUCUCAGUGCAUAAGGUGCUGGAGCACGACGCCGCCAGCCAGAGGAAACUCGAGACCUUGUACAAGCUCUGUAUCAAGGACCUCCUGUCUACGGAACGGAUCUACAGCCUGAUCCACCGCCAUCCAAAUCUGGCAAGGCUUUUCUUCGAGGACUUCGCGCUGAUAGCCCGCGGAGAGCGGGAACCACGCUUCAACGAAGAGUUGAGUUCUGUGAUCGACGAGGCAUGCACGGAUCCCCAGGAUCGGCAAAUUCUGAAGAUGUUCCUCACCUUCAACCACAGCAUCCUGCUGACCAAUUUCUUCAAAGCCCAGAUCCCAGGGGCUCUGUCCUUCCGCCUGGACCCGGCUGUGGCCUUGAAAGACAGACCGGCCUCUCUGUAUCCAGAAGUUCCCUACGGCAUCUACCUUGUCUGCGGCCGUGACUUCAUGGGCUUCCACACACGUUUCCGCGACGUGGCCCGGGGCGGGAUCAGGCUCGUGCUGUCGCGUGACAAGACCACCUACGAUCGCAACUUUGCCACACUCUUCGAUGAGUGCUACAACUUGGCCUUCACCCAACAGUACAAGAAUAAGGACAUUCCGGAAGGCGGCUCCAAAGGUGUCAUCCUCCCAGACCGAUCCUGGCCCAACGGACAGAGUGGCAAUGUGGUCGCUGGCUCUCUUCAGGGACCCCUGGGCAUGCAGUCAUGCUUCACCAGAUACCUGAAUGCUCUGCUGGAUUGCAUGAUGCCAGAAGAGAGCGGCAUCUUUGCAGGACACCUCAAAGGUCGCCGGGAGCUUCUCUUCUUCGGUCCAGACGAGAACACUGCCGGCUUCAUGGACAUGGGUGCGAAUGUGGCCAAGGCACGCGGAUACCCCUUCUGGAAGGCUUUGACCACUGGGAAGAGUGUGGCAUUGGGCGGCGUGCCGCACGAUACCUAUGGUAUGACGACAUCCAGCGUGCACACCUACGUGAAGGAGCUGCUCCGUGAGCUGGGUGAGGAUGAGUCCAAGAUCACGAAAUUCCAGACCGGUGGCCCCGAUGGAGACCUCGGGAGCAAUGAGAUUCUCAUUUCCAAAGACAUCACCGUCGGAGUCGUCGAUGGUUCCGGGGUCCUGUACGACCCUAGCGGCAUUUGCAGGGCAGAGUUGAUGCGCCUGGCGCAGCAGCGUGUGCCCAUCAAGGAGUUCAACCGCUGUUUCCUCGGGAACGGUGCUUUCUUAGUCACCGUAGACGAAAGCAACGUGACACUCCCUGAUGGCUCUGUGUGGCUGACUGGCGCAGAGCUCCGGGACAACUUCCACCUCACCGACUAUGCAUCCGCGGACCUUUUCGUGCCUUGCGGUGGACGACCGAACGCCGUGACCACGGAUAAUGUCAAGAAGCUCUUCACUGCAGAUGGAACAAGGCCGAAGUUCCGCAUGGUUGUGGAGGGCGCAAACCUCUUCUUCUCCGAUCGCGCGCGAGGCGUCCUUGAAGGGGCCGGUGUUCACGUCUUCAAGGAUGCAUCGACCAACAAGGGUGGCGUGAAUUCCAGCUCCCUCGAAGUCCUGGCGGCACUGGCUCUGUCUGAAGAGGAUCACUCCGCCAUGAUGUGCUACAAUCCGGCCUGUGGCGGCAUACCACCUGAGUUUUACGAGACGUAUGUCAAGCAAAUCCAGGCGGUGGUGGUCUGA